CAGCGCCAACGCAAACAAAGAUGCUACUGAGUGACACAGAUUGUUUGCUUCAGCUACAAACCUGACUUUGAUGCCCCUCACCUCCUCUUCCACCCGUAUGAUGUCAUCAGUCGUUCUGGCUGUCCAUUGGUCCGAAGCAGACAGGUGAGCAGCAGCUGUGAUGACAGAGGAAACCAAAAUGGCAUUAAAAAUUUAACAGCUUCUGCUCGACUCAAUGCUAGGAAGGCUGCAGACUGUAACCUGUCAUGGACGUCAACGGUCUCAUUUCAGGGCUAGAGGACUUCAACAAAAUCCGCCCCCCAGCCUACAGAGUUGCAAUGAAGCUUGAAAGUCUACAGAACAUUUGUCACAUGGAUGUUGUGUUGACCCGCCACAUCGAGGCCGCCCUUGACCCGGGGGGCAGAGGCAAGCGGCAGCGGGAUUCUGUCCUAUGCAUGGAUGAAGUCACCCAGCAGCUGAAGAAGAUGUUCAGAAGUGUGUCACCGGAAUUUGCAGAUCACUCCACCGUGGAGUCGGCCGAGAAAUUGAGCAGUCUUAUAUUCAAGAUGUUUGAUGGGAAUCAGUUGGGUCAUAUACGUGCCGUUUCUCUCCGUAUUGCUCUCAUCUGUUUAUCGGCAGAAACACUCCUGCUGAAAUAUGGAGCCCUGGUGUGUACAGCAGCAAGUGCUUCCGGAUCCAUCAGUAGGUCAUCUCUUCGAUCCUUAUUGGAGGAUGUCAACCAGGUUCCCGCGGUCAUCCAGGAGGAAGGAGUGUUUGGGGCUGUUGAAGAAGCAGUGAAGUCAUGUUUUCACGAGGUGCUGACCUCCACCGUAAACAGGGAACACGUUUUAUCAUGGCUGCAGAGUGAGCCUCGUUUGUUGCUAUGGUUACCUGUUCUCUAUCGCCUGUUCAUAAGUCAGAAGGUCGUUCACCCCGUCCGCUGUCAUAUCUGCAAGAUAUUUCCCAUCAGUGGACUCAGGUAUCGCUGUGUGAAGUGUCUGAAAGUCCACAUAUGUCAGAGUUGCUUCUUGUCGGAGCAACAGACACGCAAACACAAGAGUCACCACCCAGUGAUGGAGUUCUGCACACCGCCCACAUGGCGAGAGACUUUCUCUUCAAUUGUGCACCGUGCUCGUCACUCCCUGUUACCACGACGAUCUACUCAAAGAGGAGCUGACAUCGCAAAGAGUCCAACGAGGGAGGAAGCAAAGGACAGCCAUAAGACUGCGCCACCUGUCCAUUCUGCUGCCACUCUCCAAGAAUGUGGGAGCACCUCUUCCAUUGUCUGUGUUUCCCAUGAUUCCACGGUACAACUUCAAUCCUUUUCAUCCAAGUCCCUUCAGACUGAGGAGACACUGCCAGAACAGUUGGAAGUAUCCACUCUGCUCACUGAAGUCAGGAACCUGCACAAAGACAAACGGCUUCUGGAAGAGCAGCUGCAGGUGUGGCAUCUCGCUGUCCAAUCCGAACAGUGUAUGCUGAAGGAACGAUGUGCGGAGAUGGAGGUUACCAUGGAAACAGUUAAGGAACAUAACAUCCAUCUGCAGACGACCCUCACUCAGACACUGAACAAGCUGGAACUACAGCAAUCUGCCAAUAAUGUGCCGCAACACCAGAAUGAGAUGGAGAACACGGAAAACAUAGACAAAGGAACCAUCACACCAACGUCUGACGUAGACACCUGCGUAGAUGAAGAUAAAAACGAAGAUUUCAUGUUGAAGACAGACGAGGGGAGUGAGAGUGAGGGAAGUUCACUCACAACAAUAAACCAAGAUUGGUCACAUGACAUCCAAUAUGAGGAGAAGUGUGCUGGUAACAGCCAUCUUUGUCAAUCCAUUCAACAAGAGGAUGUACUAAAGGAGGUGGACAAAGGUAUGGCUGAUGAACAGGCUUGUAGACCUUGUAGUCCAGAAGAGAUGCUGGAGCAAACGAUGGACCGAUUAAUAAGUGUCUUUGGGACUGGCAGGAGGAAGGAUGAACUAUCAGGUGAUAAGGCUUUGGCACUUAUUGAGGCUGCGGACCAAGUUGGAGACUCUUUACUCUGCCUGGUGGACAGUUUGAGGCAAAUCCCCAUUUAGACAGAGAAGAAAAGGUUUAUGCCACUGGAAACCAUCCUUCGACAUCAAUGGUGUCAAAGGCAUUUCUGUCUCCGGGAUAUAUAUCACUGAUGUCAUCUCAAUUCAAAAAUAUUUUUUCUGUUUGUUGUGUCAUGUAAAUGAGCGGCUAAAAAGACAUGUUUUUU